GCGGAGCGGGGCCCGGCCCGGCCCUCGCCCCCGCCCUGCGCGGUCCCCCCGGCGCUUCCCUUCCUUUCCCUUCCCUUCCCCUGCUUGUGCCGCGUCCCCUCACCCAGCUCCACUCCCGCCGUCCCCGGCCCCGCUGCGGCAGCCGGAGGGGCACGGCCGUGUUCGGCUGCCCGGGCUGCGCCGCGCUCGCGGCUUCUUCCCCCGUGGAAAUGCGGUCCUGGAUCACCGCGAGCGGCUCCUGUGGCCGUGGCUGCGCUUCACCGGGUUCCUCGAGUAACGGAGAUGAGGAUCCUCAGGGAUCCCGAGAUUUCAGACAAUUGGCCCGGAUACAGUCUGGAUUUGUUCACUUAUCCUCAGCACUACUAUGGAGAUCUGGAAUAUGUGCUCAUACCUCACGGCAUUAUUGUUGACAGGACAGAACGACUGGCCAAAGAUAUUGUGCAAGACAUUGGAGACAAUGAUAUUGUGGUUCUCUGUGUCCUCAAAGGUGGCUACAAGUUCUGUGCUGAUCUUGUGGAGCACAUUAAAAAUCUUAGCAGAAAUUCAGAAAGGUUCAUCUCCAUGAAAGUCGAUUUUGUUCGCCUGAAAAGUUACCACAAUGAUCAGUCUAUGCAAGAUAUGCAGAUCAUGGGUGGAGAUGAUCUUUCAAAGCUGACUGGGAAGAAUGUUCUAAUUGUGGAGGAUAUUGUUGGAACUGGAAGGACCAUGAAGGUUCUGCUUAAUACUAUAGAAAAAUACAAGCCAAAAAUGAUUAAAGUGGCAAGUUUGUUGGUGAAAAGAACAUCUCGGCCUGAUGGGUACAGACCAGAUUAUUACGGAUUUGAAAUUCCAGAUUUAUUUGUGGUAGGUUAUGCCUUAGACUACAACGAGCACUUCAGAGAUCUAAAUCAUAUAUGUGUUAUCAAUGAUCAUGGCAAAGCAAAAUACAGAGUCUGAAGCAGUAACAUCCGCACCUGAAUAUUUGAGUGAAGCAGGAAUUUGACUACACUCCCUCAAGCAUCUCCCAGAAGAGGGAUUCAACCGACUCGUGUGUCUUUCAACUCAGUAUAAUAAGGGGUUUACUCCAGAGAUACUGAUUAAUAUUUACAGAAGUGAGAGCUCUUAUCUAAGAUGUGAAGUAUAGGGCUUUUAAAGUUACUACCUUUUUUAAGUAUUAAAAUUAUCACAUAAGAUGCCUUUUGACUAAUAACUUGUCUGCCUCAGGUCUCAUUGUGAAUGCAUCUUUUUGUUCACUCCAUCAUUCCACCCGUCACAAUUCAUGUACUUCAUGGCAUUGCAUAACAUAAUUCAACAGUGCCAUUCUGUACAUGAAGAUUAUUUUAGAGGAUUUUACUGACUUCAUCAUCCCUUUAGUCUUGGUCAGAUAUGCUGCUGCUAAAUUGAAAGCAUUAUUUUGAUUUAAUUCCACAAUUCAGAAGUUUCAGCUGAAGCUCUGUGUUGUGUUGUGGUUCAUUAAUGCCUCUUCCAAACAAAGUUGUAGCUCUCAGAAUGCACUGAAUUAGAGUGUAGGUCAAAAUGAACCCUUGCAAUACACUGUUGAUCUGAAAUUGGAAGAUAUCUGGUUCUGGUAUGUCAUGUAGCCAUGGAUCUAAUCUCUUUAAUGUGCUGAAUUUUAAUCAAGACAAAGCAAUGCCAGGCAGGUUUGAAUUUCUGUGUGGUAUCCCUUGCUCCUAUAGGACACAAACAAGUAUAAAAAUUAACAGUAUCCUCUGACUGUAUUCUUAAUUAGACCUCAUUAAGCGCAAAAGUUUACUUCUAGUCAGUUAUUCAGUUAUGAUUUGAUUUUUGUAGCAUGUCCAAGAUGAGACUUUUUGUAACCUUUUAUUGUCUUCGAGAAUAGAGAUCUGACAAUGCUGGAGAAGACUUGUAUAGAAAAAAAAAAAUAAAUGUAUAGGAAAACAUAGAAAACCAGGUAAUGCAUGAGUGCUGUAGACUCUAGGGAUUCCUUCCUUUCUUUAUACAUCAUGUUUGAAGAAGUUUGUGAAUUUACACACUACAUUAACUGCAAGAAGUGUAAUUCUGUAUUGAAUGUAACUGUUCUUAACUUCCUGAGGGAAACCAAUGCAAAUAAGGGGCUGUGUAUCAGUAGCUUUGCUCUGAAAUGUGAGAGGCAGAUCGUUAUUAGCUGCUAUAAACUAAUAAAGAAACAUUAAGAACA